AUGGCUCAGGCUCCUGAGAUACACAGCUACCAGCAUGAAGAUGCUUGGAACGUUGACUGGCUUCGUGUCGACGACAUCCACGAGCUGUACUAUCAACAGUACGGCAAAAAGGGUGGAAAACCUGUAAUCUACCUCCACGGCGGCCCCGGCGGAAACUGCUCCAAAAGCAACACAGUCUUCUUCAACCCAUCAGAAUACCACGUGAUCCUCCUCGACCAACGCGGCUGCGGGCAAUCCCGCCCCAACGCCAACGCAACUGCCAACACAACUUGGGACUUGGUUUCCGACAUAGAGGCCCUCCGCAAGCACCUCUUUAUCACCAAAUGGCACAUGGUCUUUGGCGGCUCCUGGGGCUCCACCCUCGCCCUCGCCUACGCCCAAACCCAUCCUACCAGCGUCGGCAGCCUCGUCCUGCGUGGCAUCUUCACAGUCCGUGAUCUCGAGCUUAGAUGGACGAACCACCCGGGCGGCGCCAGCAUGCUUUUCCCGGACCGCUGGGACGACUUUAUCAACUUUCUCCCUAAGGAAGAACGCGCAGACCAUAUCGCUAAUUACCACAAGCGCCUCAUGUCUUCUGACCCCGCUAUCUCGCACCCCGCAGCCGCGGCCUGGAAUACCUGGGAGAUAUCUAUAAGUACCCUGUAUCCGGACCCCAAUGCGAUGAAGAAGCUAGAGGAACCUGAAUAUCUGCUUGCGCAUGCGAGGAUUGAGAUUCAUUAUUUCACGAACAAGGCGUGGUUGGAGGAUGGGCAGUUGUUGAGGAAGGAGAAUGUGGAUCGCAUUAGGGGUAUUCCGACGACGAUCGUGCAGGGGAGGUAUGAUGUUGUUUGUCCCCCGAUUACGGCGUGGGAGUUGCACAAGGAGUGGCUGGAGAGUAGGCUGUUUUUUAUUGAUGAUGCGGGGCAUAGUGUUAUGGAGCCGGGGACAAGGACGAAGUUGACGGAGGUUUGUGAUGAGUAUGCGCAGUUGGUGGUUUAG